AUGAAUUAAUAUAAGUUCCGAUUUAAUUUCAAUUCAAUUUAAUUUUUGAUAAGAUGAGGAGAAGUUCUCGGUGUCGUUUAUAAGUAUUUUAAAAGUAAAAUUUCGUUUUUAGUGAGUGUAAAUAUAAGUGAUAACUUAAAGACGAUGGCAAUGUUAUUAAUGGUGCUGUCUAUAGCUGGAUCUAUUCUCUUAACCCCCUUUUUAAUGCUCUUAGUGUGUAUUAUAUUUUUGGCAUCUAUUGGCAAGAGCUUAGGAGUACGACGACUGUAUGUGAAAACAUUAUUGAUGAUUUUCGAGUACGGUCGAAAGGAUAUAGAAUCGUCGUUAAAUCAUAGGAAUAAGGAGGUGCCAGAAGACAUAGAUGAAGGAUACAGUGAAGAAAUUACACAAUCUGAAAAAAACGCAGAGGAGCCUCAUUUAGCCAACGGUUUGGUAAAUGGGGGAAAUAAUGUGAUAAGCCGAGACGAAGGAUUAAUAUUUGUACCCGAACCACCUACAAGUAAGACUGAAGAAGCCGUUAAGGAGGAAAAAUACAAGGAUUUUGUGCUUUCUAACGUAUUCGAGUAUGUUAAGGCUGGAGUAGAAGCAAUAAUUGAGGAUCAAGUCACUUCGAGAUUCGAAGCCGAAGAAUUGAAGAAUUGGAAUUUGUUGAUACGCACAAAUCGUGGUUAUGAAUUCAUAUCAUGGAAACUUACAUUUCUUUGGCUCGGUGGAUUCUUCAUAAGAUAUUUCUUCUUGUUUCCUUUAAGGCUGAUAAUUUGCUGCUUUGGGUUUCUCUCACUGAUAAUAUCAACAUUCGCACUAUCAGCAUGCCCGGGCGGAUCUGCUCGAAGAUGGCUCAAUGAAAAAUGUUACAAGAUAGGAUUUCGCAUAAUGUGCCAGUGUAUUUCAGCAGAAAUAAAUGUACACAACAAACAAUGGAGACCAGCUAAAGGAUCGGUAUGUGUGGCCAAUCACACUUCACCUAUAGACGUUAUGAUUUUGUCAACGGAUAACUGUUACGCUCUGAUUGGUCAACGUCAUGGUGGUUUCUUAGGAAUUUUCCAGAGAGCUUUAGCCAGAGCUUCACCGCAUAUCUGGUUUGAAAGGUCGGAGACUAGAGAUAGAAGUGCCGUUGCAAACAGGUUAAAGGAACACGUCAGCAACCCUAAGAACCCACCAAUUUUGAUCUUUCCUGAAGGUACUUGCAUUAACAACACCUCAGUCAUGCAAUUCAAAAAGGGCAGCUUUGAAGUUGGAAGUGUGAUUUACCCAGUGGCAAUAAAGUACGAUCCUAGGUUUGGAGAUGCAUUCUGGAACAGUAGCAGAUAUUCCAUGGUACAAUACUUGUAUAUGAUGAUGACCAGCUGGGCAAUAGUAUGUGAUGUUUGGUAUUUACCUCCGAUGUACCAAAGAGAAAAUGAAUCAGCUAUAGAUUUUGCAAACAGGGUAAAGAGUGUGAUAGCAAAACAGGGAGGAUUAGUAGAUCUAGUCUGGGAUGGAGGAUUGAAGAGAGUGAAAGCAAAGAAAGAAUGGAAGGAGAGGCAGCAAGAAGAAUUCUCCAGAAGAUUGAAAGCAGAGUAAAAAAAGAAUACUACAUAUUACGUCACAUAAAUAUAGUGUAAAUAAAUAAUCAAAAAAACAGUUGAUUGCGAUAAGAUGUGUGGUGGUUUAACAAAUUAAUUUUAAUUUAUUAUAUGUUUGAUAUUUUCUGUUUUCGCGUGGCUAGAAAAGGGCGGAUUUAUGUAAUUUUUUGAAAAACUUUACAGAUUGAUUUUUUACCGAUGUUAUACAUGCGGUGCAAUCAUCAUCUUGUUUUAUUAAUUUAUCACUUAAAUUCAACUACAAAUUGUCUAUUACGUUGUGUACUUACAAGAAAGUAUUACAGUUUUUGUGAAAUCAAUAACGGAAACUACAUUCAUUUCAAUUUAAAAAAUGAGAUAAUUUUACGGUUUCCAACUCCUUUUUGUACAAUUUAUGUCUUAAUCAGUCAUGUAUGGUCAACAAUCCACUCUACACUUGUGUAUAUCUGUUUAAGUUCACGUUCAUGCUUCAUUCUAAGAAAAUUGGAUUGAGAAGAAGAGCAGAAACUUAAAUUCUGCGAAAAUAAUGGUUAUUAACUUUUCAGUAUUUUCGUUCAUCCAUAAAUAUUCGUAUUGUACGAAGAGUUUUCCUCUUUAUUCUAAACAAUUUGCAUACAUUUUUGUUCAGCACGGGUCUUGCUUGAGGUUAUCUUAUCAUCUUGUAGUUUAGAUGUCUUAUGUCUUUUUCCAUGGUCCCUUUUGUAGAAUAUUUUUGUAUGUCAAUCGUUUUUGAUACGUUCAGCAUUUCCAAGAACUUCCAUUGAGACAAAUUUUACAUUGUGUAGCUCUUGUACAAAGCUCAGAUAUUUGUAUUUCGUUAGAGCUGAAAGAAUGUAAUUGAAGACUCUAAUUUUACGCCGAAACUGAAGUACUGAAAGUACCUUUUAUAUACAGUAGACUCCCGUAACUUCGGCCACCUCGGGACCGGACCUUAGGCUGAAAUUUGCUUAUCUAAAAAUGCCCAUUUAUUGUUUGUAUGGAUCUAGCAAAAACAAAACACUUGUACAGUAAGUAGAAGACAAUACAGUGAAAUACUCUGACAUAUGUUUAACCCAUAUGAAAAGAUUGACCAUUACAAAAAUGCUAUAAAACAAUACUUAGAGAUCUCUAGGCCUAAUAAAAUUAGAAACAUUAUUGCACAUUGGUGGUGUGGCUUCUUAAACACUUAAAAAAAGUCAGUAAUUUUUUUCUGAAUUUUGUUUUCUAAUGAUUUUUGAUGUGUAAAGUCACGCCCCUUUUUAAUAAUCAUUACGUCGAUGGCAGUUGCUUCUUUUUGCUGUUCGACGAAGGUAACUGCCAGUUGCAAAGCUGCUUUGCCUUCAGCGUGGCUCAUUUUAUUUCCUUCAUCUUCAAAAUUAAUGGGAAAAACCCCGUAAUUGGCUGUAUACCAUCGUUUAAAAAACACAGAAGUUAAAACACGUCACAAAAUGUGUAUUUAGUAUAAAACAAACAAGUUAAAACUUUUAAAAAAGUGUCGUCACAUUUAAAGUUCUGGCAGAACGUUUUCGAUCACUACGGAUACAUCUUCAGUGCCUAGUAUUUGUUGCUAAUAUAUAAAUAUGGUGUCUAUAAGACUUCCAUGUUUGAGUUGGUAAAGUGUCACAUUUACAUUAGAUAAUGUUGAUACUGUAGGUCGAUGCAAUGAACGACGUUGAAGGACGACACAGACAAAAUUUUGUUCCUCGUCUUCGUUCUUGAACGAACUACAACCACAGAGCACCUUCCACCAAUUCGUGUUUUGCUUUUCUCAGUGUGCAACGCUUUUGUAAAACAUUUUCAGUUUCAAUAUGUGUCCAAAAGCCUUCGAUAGUUUUUCUAUUGCGUCGUCAGUCGUUAAUUGUACUUUUGUCACGUUUAAUCUCUGCAAAUUUUGACGGAUUGCUUUUGUCCAAUUUUCAAGCUUGUAGUCUCUAUUCCAUUGAUAUGUACUUACGUUUACGCGUUUAAUAACUCAUUUUAAAGCAGUUUAAAGCAGAGAGCCGGACUAAGCGGAGACCGAAGCCGAACUUACGGGAGUCUACUGUAUUUUUAAGAGCUUUACAAAUUCUGCUAAAGCCAGCUUUCUGCUCCUCUUAGUUUCCUUCAACUGGAUUUAUUUACAAAAUUUCUUUGUGCUCGUGUAAAUAGGACAUCUAUGUGGAAUUGUCGUUUUUGUUUUAAUAUUUUUAACAUCUCUCAACUUUAAAAAGUUAUAAAAAAGUGAUUUUUAAAGGUUUAAAAAUAAUACUAAUACUCUUUACUUGAUGAUAGUAUAUAUAAAAUAGAUAAAUUUAAACUAUAUUUUCGGGAAAUUACCACUGGAUUUCACUUAAUAAUAUAUAUCAUAUUUCACCAAAUUGUAACUUCUUCAGAUGAUGGACGGUUAACGUAAAACCUUUUGUUGCAAUUUUUAGUAAAUUAUUUUAUAGAAAGCUAAGGAAAAACGUUUUCUUUCGUUGUGUACACACAAUUUUAUUAUGUUAAUUAUUAAACGUAAAUUCGCUCUUGUAGUAAACACAUCUAGUCCAUAUUUUAUCAGGGUAAAGUAACACUUGAAACACAUAUUUAGUUUAGUAGCGUUGAUUCAAUUCUUACUCUCUAUUUAUAUUAUGCCAGGGCCAAUAAUUUUUGAUACCAAAAAAUAGUAGCUUGAUUUUAGAAGGAAGAAAAUAUAUCAAAAGUAAAAGGAAAAAUAAUUUUUCGGCGACUUGAGGUCGGAAAGUGAAAGGGGAUGAGUUUUUUAGGAUUAAAAACGGUUUAUUACGAUUUCCGGAAUUUUAAGUCCUAUCGAAAAAAGUUAAAUGGCAAAGUUGUAGGCAAUAAAAAGAUCUUCAACUUUUAUAUUUACACUUUUUUCACAUAACCUCACAAUUUAUGCGAAAAAUUCGAUUUUUUGGUUUUUUAUUUUAUCUUCCACAUAUUUUACUUUUCACGAGAUUUGGUGAAAACUUACCUUUAUAAUUAUAUUAAUGUUCUAAACAUAAUAGUAUCAAUUAUGGUCAUCAUCAGCAAUGGUAUCAAUACGUCAAUUAUGAUGAAGAUUCAGCGAGCAGAUUUUUGAAGGAUCCACUUUAGCCGCAGUGAAACAGUUUGUUAAUCUAUUAACAGAUAACACUAAUACUUAGCUGUAACUAACAUCUGGCAGACAACCCAACUAAUGAAUGCCUGCGAAAUGAUCCCAUUCGAUCGUAUCGUUGGUCGGGAAAUUCCGGUAACUCCGGAAUUUCCUGAGUAAAACAUUUUUUUUUUUCAAAAUCACAACCCGAUUUUGAUUGAUCACAAUUUUAUUAUUAUUAUUUUCCGGUUUAAUGAUCAAAUUAAGUAUAUUGCUUGAAACUAUUUAUGACUUAAUAAAGAACAGUUUUAAAAAAAUGUGUUCUUAUUUGCUUUUGUCACGUUUUAAGUGUUAUGUUACCCAUACCAUUUGUAGUUGCAUAUGUCGUGAUAUACUAUUACCAGACUCAUUUGAAUUUGUACAAUGUGCUUCUACUAUUUAUGCUAUUCUAAAAUAUUUGGUACCUAAGUAGUGGUAUCUUUGUUAGGGCAGUACUUUUCUAUAAAUCGAGGAUUUGUACGCACUUGUUUAUAGUCGUUCUCUUUUUCUUCAAUGUUUCUAUCUGGAUUCUACAAUAGAAUAAAUAAGGUCCUAAGAAUAAAAAUAUAGAAUUUACAUGAUUAAAUACAAUAAAUAUCUAAAAUAAUAUAGCCAGUGAUAUUUCUUUUUAAUUCUACGAUCACUAUUAGUAGAUAGGAAGCCACUUCAGUCUACCAUGACCCCAUUUUUUGAUAGAGGAGUGUAUUAUGUCACGUAAUAUGUUAAAUGUCACGUUAUAUGUCGCGUUUUGUGUCACGUUUUAUGUCACCAAAGUUUGGUGGGUCCCACACGAACUUGACAUGACAUUUGAUUUAAAACGUGAAAUAAUACACCUUCCCCCAAAAACAGUGCGUAAUUCCCAAUAAAAAUAGUAAAUUGUAUUAAAAUGCUACAAGAAAAUAGCUUCAGAAUAAUAUUUACUUAUUGUCAUAUUUUUGCCAUAAAAACAAUACGUUUUUUUAACGAAAUAACAAUUCAAACUGCAAUGGGAGUACAUUGUACAUAAUUUAAAUACAUAAUUUUAUGUUUAGUCGCUUGUAGGAAAAGGGUAAAUCGUGAUAUGGAUACGCCAAUAUUCCCUUCUAGAAUUAGGCAACCAAUUCUUCAAAAAAAUCUACUUUUAAUUUUAAGAUAACAACCAUGCUUAACCUUUAGUUAGUAAUUUUAUUUAUUUUUUUAAUGCAAAGUGUUCACAAAGUGAUGGGUUAAAUAUUAAAUAAGGAUAUUGUGUAAGUUUAUUGUAAUCGAGUUCUAUUCCACCAUAUCCGUUGAAUAUCCAAAAUUUUAGUGAAUGAGGGACAAAUUACGAACUCAAUAGUUUACAUUUUUAUGAGGGUUUCAUAUGAUCUAGAUAAAAUCAAAAUUUUGUAUCCAACGUAGUAUUUAAAUAUAGUUAAGUUUUUCGGCUCUAAUAAGUAUUAGUUUUACAAAAUGAAAAAGACAGCAAAUAUUUGAUUUCACGCAAACAACUCCUAUGUAUCUGUUGAUACGUAUUUCGACCUAAUAGGUCUCAUCAGAACAGUUAUUCAUAGGUGUUUCUCAACGUGAAAAAUCAAUAUUUUCUGUCUUUUAAGAAGCAACAAUAAAAUGGCUUCAAUACGGACGCGAUAGCGACAUCUAAUUAUAAAAUCCGUAAAAUAGUUUCGAAACACAAUUCAGAUUUCUGCUUAUAAUCUGAGCCUUCUAAAAAUUGCAAGACAAACAGACGUUGAUAAAAGAUGUUAAAAGGAACAUGGGGAAUCUAAAAUUUGCAUUCCACGACAUGCCUUUUACAACUACACUGUCUUUUACUAAUUUAGCACAAUUAUACCGUGCUUAUCUGCCAUAUCGAUAUUCAUGUAAUUAAUUGUCAUUAAUUAAUAAUUAAUUUUAAAUCUUGAUUAUAAUUCUUUUUUCAAUGAAAUUUUGUUUGUAUAUUUCUGACAAUUAAUCUGUCAAAAUAUUCCCGAAUGAACUAUACUAUAAUUCAGCAUGCACCAACAUACAAUGCCAUGUUGCACUUAUUACAAAAACAAAAUUAUCCAUACAUACUUUUAGACAAAGCCACAGACUAUAAUACGAGGCCAUGUUUAGUCCAAAUUUUAAAUUGUAUUCAACAGAGCUGAUAAUUAACUAUAUUUGGGGAAAACUUUCUUAAUGAAUUUACAAUUUUAUUUAAGUUCAUUUAUUCAAAUUAAGGGGGUUCUUAUUAUUUUCAAAAAAUUGAGUAAUUUUUUUCCAUUUAUUCCAUAUGAAAGUAUAGUACUUCAAGAGUAGUCACACCAAAUUUGAAGUAAAUUCGAGCAAUAUUACCGGAGUUAGUGAUUUGAAUAUCGCGUCGGUAGGUGCGCUGUCUGUUUAAAAACUUCAAAACUACAGUUCGUCAAUACUUAAACCAACAGUUUUCGCAUCGAUCGAUUGGUGGUGGAAGUGAGUUUGCUUGGCCACCAAGAAGUCCUGAUUUCAAUUCUUUGGAUUUUUCAAAUUGUUUGCAAAUGACAUUAGUUUACAAAACAAGAAUUAAUUGGCUUUUAGAAUUGCGACAAAAAAUAGAAGAGCCGUAAGUUUGAUUAAAAAUAAUAGACAAGGGUUAUUUGAUAUAAGAGGUCUUUGCUAAACCGGAUCAUAAAGUGUAUUGAAGUAAAGGUGGACAUUUUAAACGUUUAAUUAAAGUUUUUUGUUUUUACUUUAAUUACUUUAAUUUGUUAUUGUUAAAUAUUUAGAGAAUAAAAUUUGUAAAAUUAAAAUUUAUCAAUUUUUU